AUGGCAUCCGAAGACGAGUCGCAAACCUCUGAUCAUCAUCACGAUGAAAAGGAUUGGGAAGCUCAUAAGGAGGCUUUUCGAUCAUGUUACAUCGAUCAGAAUAUGACCCGGAAAGACGCUGCGCGAUAUCUGAAAGAUCACUUCGGCUUCGAUGCUACUCCGCGACAAUGGGAGCGCAAGAUCAAGCAGUGGACCUUUUCAAAGUAUUCAAGUCGCGAGGAGCGACUCAGCCAAAUUGCGCAGACCGGCAAGACCAUUUAUGAAGUCGGCCGACCUGGUCGAAGGCCUCGAGGACACACAGACGAACAUGGCAGACUUCAUCCACCUGAAGACCGAAACCUACGUCGCUUUGCACGCCGGGAAGCUAGUCGCUCGAGGUCUCGAUCAAGGUCCACAUCUUUCACCGAAAGGACACGUCCACAAGUUCAACAGCAUUUUUCAGACCCAUCAUCACAUGCAAUCACCGACCAGACGUUCAAUCUCCAUCUCGGGAACCCGACAGCAUUUCAUCCACCAAGCAAUGGAUUCACUGUCGCUGCGAUGCCAGCCGCGGGGCAGCCUGAGCAACCUGUGCAACUACACCUACUUCACGAGCAAAACUCCACUGCGUUUGGUGAACUUGAGGACCCUGACCUAUUUCUCACCGUCGACAACAGCCAAUAUGGCCCUUCAAGUGGACACGAGCAGUUCCCGGCCUUCACCGACGAGAUGAUGCAGGCGGGCCCGCUAGGAGGAAAUGUGCACAACACAAAUAUGCAGUUUCCACUGGACCAGCAUAACUCUAUCAACUACCCGCUGACAAACCAGGCGAUAAAUGUACCUGCCGAGUUCGACCAGUUUGCUAUAUCUGGCAAUGAGCUGUCGAUGAAUGCAGGCUUGCUGGAUAACAGCUUGAUGGGCGAACAGCAGAUGUUUGACGAUGCGCCACAAACCACGCACGGAGUGAACGAAAUGGGACAGUCAAUACUGGAUACUAUACCGGUCCUGACAUUCGAUGUGGCAGAUACAGAUGCCACGAACACGCUGGCUACAGGUAGCCAGACCGAGUUUGAUGAGAUGGGAGACUUGACUGGCGACCUUCCUUCUGAUACUCUAGACAACAGUGGCCCGUUGCAGACUGACGUGAUGCCACUAGUCGAGGAAUAUACCAAAGCAGUACAAUCUGCUGCUUUACGGUUCUUACGCAGCCAUCAGUAUGGUGAUACAUCUCUAGAAAAGCUUGCAGCCAAUCUUGAUCAACCAGGACAAAUCUUCCAGGCCAGGAUGGCAGUCAUGCUUAACAACUUCGCCAUGUCACAACAAAGAGCGCUGCAAGCGAUGAGAGACAAGUGCAACAAGCUCAAGAAAAAGAAUGAGACCUUGGAAGAAUUCAUUAAUACAAGCACUCAGCUGCAAUCGCCUUCUACGUUCGAGCCGCUGGCACAUACCUCAUUGCAUCCAUUGCAAUCCCAAAGCUAUGCAGUGCCCUACACAGGCAAUUUCUGA